GUAUACUAUCAAGGGUGAAACAGAUCACCAGCCCAGAAAAGUUGGAGAAGAUUCGAGAUCAUGAACGAAAGGAAGAAACUUUUACGCCUAUGCCCAGCCCUUAUUACAUGGAGCUCACCAAACUGCUGUUGAAUCAUGCUUCGGACAACAUCCCGAAAGCAGAUGAGAUCCGGACCCUGAUCAAGGACGUGUGGGACACUCGCAUAGCCAAGUUCCGGGUGUCUGCCGACAGCUUCGUGAGGCAGCAGGAGGCACACGCCAAGCUGGAUAACUUGACCCUGAUGGAGAUCAACACCAGUGGGGCUUUCCUCACACAAGCGCUCAACCACAUGUACAAACUCCGCACAAACCUGCAGCCUUCGGACAGCGCCCAGUCUCAGGACUUCUAGGCAAGGACUGCUUUGUCCAGGCCCGCAUCUGCUGGCAGGAGGCGCACCAGGCGGCGUGAGCGUUCAGGACAUGGCAGAGAUACUCACGUUUCUGGACUUCUAGACCACUUGUGAAUCUAUGAAAAAAAGUGCAGUGAAGGAAGGAAUGGGUUUAUAACCUGGUUGGAAAGCAACAGGCUUAUGCUCAGUCAAGACAUUCUGUAAUUCCUCAUCUGUGUCUGGGAGCCAGCUGCCUUUUACGGGGGAAGAUAAAGCACUGGCAGAAUGAGCGCGUUCCCCAGCAGAGCCCGUCUCCUGCACGGGACGGUCGUGUGCAGGUGAGUGUUCAGUGAUGGCAAGUGUUGUUUUUAAGAUAAGAUAUGGCAGGAUGGUGAUGUGGCCACGGCCUUUCUCUUGGGCUACAUUCAGAGUCUUCCUCAGAGACUGUUCACACAGUGCGGGACAGCAGAUGAGCACUCGGCUAGUGACGGUGACCCGUGUUUCUCAUUAAGCCCCGAUACACAAUAAAGGUGGAAUCACCUGGUUCUCUUUGGGUUUUUUCCCUGCAUCACUCCCGCGUGAAGGGAGCAGGCUCAGUGGCUAGUGACAGACCAGACCAGACUGGGAGGUUUAGCAAACAGUGUGCACUUCCAGCCCACAGUCGUGGGUGUCUCUUAUUCGCUUGGCUGCUUCUGGGCAAGGUCUAAAAGGUUGUUUAUCAGCAAGAAAGUAGGGAAAAUGAAUUCCAUGUGUAAGUGAAGCUUAUGCCAAGAUGCCAGGGGAAAAUGGGGCCUGUGCGGUGGUUCUUGGUGGACUGAGGGGACAGCCUGCUUGAGGCAGUGGUUCUUGGUGGACUGAGGGGACAACAUGCUUGAGGCAGCCGUGGCUCAGGGCAGAGUCCUGUUUUUCCCUAGGAGGAGCCUCUUCAGCGGUAGCACCGCUCGGCUCCUUACAGAAUACCUCUCCUCAAGUCGGGGGUGGGGGGCGAUGACUGCCCAGUCCUGUAAGGAGCAGGUUCAGUCACCAGCCGCUUCCCGACAGUCUCACCUGCCAUCUCCAGGGUUUUGGAAGGGGCUGUGUGUGUGAUCACAUGACCCACUGGGCCUGAGGAGUACCUGCGGGUGUUUUCACCUUCAGUGUUUAUGCCCGAGCGCUGCUUCUCCAGCCCCGUGGGCCCCCGAUGUCCCUCUAGACAGCAGCUUGUGUCUGAACACUGAAGGCCACACACAGAGGGACUAGGACCCAGAAGACUUGGUCUCCAUAGUUUCACCCCUUCUCCUAAAACCGGGCUGAAGUCCA